CGUUUAAAAGACGGGUUCGGAGGGGGCACUAGAACAACAGAAGGAGCAGCAGAACCCGAAGAGAACCCCAUCUCGACUAUUUUCUGCCCAAUUGAACCGCCUUCAUCCAUCCUCUGCCACCCCGAUACCCAGAAGAAGAUGCUCUCGACGCGUGUCCAGUGCGCCCUCGCGCUGCUUUCCCUAGCCCUGGCCAUCAGCAGCGUCUCUGCCGCUCCGUCCGAUGCCAAACUUCGCCAGCUUCUUCAACGGUCACUCAUGGCACCUGCGGGCAAACAGGAGCUUGCCAGGUAUACACUCGCAGAGCUGCUCUCAGAGCUUGCACAAGCAGAGAACGAGGCGAUUGAAUCAGAUGACCUGUCUCGUGGCGUGGAGCAGGAGGAUGUGCGUCUCGAGCUGGAGCGUGCAGCUGGCCCAGUACUGGCGCCGCGUGAACGCAAGGCUGGAUGCAAGAACUUCUUCUGGAAAACCUUUACAUCAUGUUAAUUCAUCUACACCCGGGCCCUUUACUGCGUAUACUACAUCUCAUCUCUUUUGUUUCAAUAUAAAAAUGUUAUGUUAUGUUAUUUUAUGCGCCAUGGCUUAACCUGCCAAUCCCAAAAAAUGUAAAUAAAAAUGAUUAUAACUUUAACAACAAUCAUGCUGAUGUCUUUAUCAAUCAUUUUGAUUUUUUUCCGAAAAAACACAUGAAAGGAUGUUCUAGAGAAUGUAUGCAAUUCUGCUUUUGACUGUGCUUUAUGUAUUCUGGCAGAUACACUAUUUUUAAUUGUUUGUUUGAAUAAAAUCUGUGUUUCAGAUA